AUGGCCAGAUACGAUUCCCAAAUUUGUCGGGACUCGCCUAACUGUUACAACAGUGAAAAUAUAUAUUUCAACGAUUUGCGGCUUAAUGAUGUUUCGAUUAUGGAGCAACAAUGGAAUGCGUCAUACUGUUCUGACUCGAGUAACAAUCCAAGCUGUUAUAUAACGAAUGCAUGUACGGCAGCUAAUUUGUCUUCAAACACAUUUUACCGAUCACCACAAUAUUGUUCUGGCUCAUCGCCUAAAUUCGAUGAUGCAGGAAAAGACUUCCACGAGAUUUUGCUCACACCCACUUCAGCGAAAGCAGUUGCUGUGCCUGCGGUACGUAUAAUUAAGAAAAGAAAUACGGCCAACAAAAAAGAACGAAGAAGAACACAAAGUAUCAACAACGCGUUUACUUGUUUACGGGAGAAAAUACCUAAUGUACCAUCAGAUACGAAAUUAUCCAAGAUAAAAACCUUAAAGUUGGCUAUUUUGUACAUUAAGUAUCUCGUUGAAGUGUUGGAUGGAGAUCAGGAUCCAAAAACGGGGUUUACCGCAGAUUUAAGACCUCUUCACAGAAAAAGUUCCAGUGAUAAGAGAUCGUAUUUAAAACAUGAUUUGAAGAAUAUUCAACGAUCACACAAAGGACGCACCGGUUGGCCCCAAGAUGUCUGGGCUUCUGAAUUGAUUCCUGAUCAAGAGUGAUAAACAUUGUUGUGAUUUCUACCCGGCCGAUGUCUUUUCACUUUUUGUGCAUAAAAUGUCA